CCUGCCGGCCAGAUUAAGACUCGGCCCUCACACAACCUUCUCCCGCCCUGGCCUCCUCUACUCCACACGCCCCAUUCAUCCUGACAUUGUACAACUGCUCCUCCAGCCAUGCCUAGCAAAAAGAAGAAAGGCGCAAGACCACCUCUUGGGGGUCACACAGACUCGCUCAGAGCAGAUAUCGCAGCCAGUCAAGGCGGGGCAGAUGGAUACGACGACGAUGGAGAGGACAUUGCUGCUCAAUUGCUAGCCUCUCUCGACGCCAGAGACAGCGCCGAGGCAAAGGUGGAAGAAACAUCGUCCUCCCACCACUCCCUCUUCUCAAACUCUCCCCUCGGCCGUAAGAGUUCUCUACGCAAGGACAAGAGUCACAGUGAUAGCAUCACUUCCAGUGGAUCCCCAUCUUCUAGUGGGGGUGCCUCAGGCUUGAUAGACAAGAUUCUUCAUCCUCACUCUUCCCGUUCACCCCCUAACAGUCCUCCCAACAACAGCCCACCCAUCUCUACUACCUCUUCAAAAGACGGUGGCCCUGCCAGCCCACCCUCACGGUCAGGGCAAGGCCACGGCCAUGGACAUGGUAUCAUGAGUAGCCUGUUUGGCUCUCAUGGAGACAAGAAAGGUGCAGAUGCAGCGGAAGAUGACGAUGAGAGUCAAUCGGGGACGCCUGCGAGCCAUGAUGAUGGCCAGCGCAAGGUGGGGAGGCAAAAGGCACGAAAGGUGAGUGGUCGUUCUGAAUUGAGCGCAUUUAGAUGCUGCCUUUGUGGUUGCUCCCGCCAAGAGCUGUCCAUUCGAUUUGCUUUGGGCUAGGGGCACAAGAGUUCCGGACUUUGCGGCCCGUCGUGGCUCCAGGUACAUCAAUAUCUGACCGUGCUACCCCCUCCACCCUCCUUCCCUUCUCAUUCUACC